AUGAAGUAUAAAUUAAUAUUCAUAAUUUCACUGACUUACAUUUCAGUGGUAGUGUGUCAGGCGAAAUCUUACGAUGACAAAAGAUGCAAAUGUAUAUGUCCAAAUCAGCUGAAUGGACAAGAACUUAUUUUUUGCCCACGGUGUGAAUGUAAAUACGAAAAUCGUAAUACAACAAUCAUUAAGAUAGUUGUUAUUAUAGUAAUAUGGGUAAUAUCAUUACUUGUAAUCUACAUGUUGUUCUUAAUCUGCCUUGAGCCGUUAUUAAAUAAACGUCUGCGUAAAAGUAACAGCGGAGGUGGUUAUGAAGAGCAUACAAAUGAAGACGACGAAACAAUAGCGUCAAAUGCUGCGGGUACUUCUCACGCCAUGGGAGUUCGAGGGAACGUGUUGAACCGCGUAGGUCACCAACAGGACAAAUGGAAGCGGCAAGUUCGCGAGCAGCGUCGUAAUAUUUACGACAGACACACUAUGCUAAAUUGA